AUGAAUGCUCUCGACAUCACAGCCGAGCAGUUCGAGAAGCCAUCACAUGAGCUCUCGCCAUCAUUACUCACCAUCAUUCUCGACACUAACCCUGCCGCCUGGUCACUGUUAUUACCCACGCUCACACUUUCAUCAACUGUCGCAAACAUUCUGGUCUUUAUCAAUGCCCAUUUGGCAGGGAACUACCUCAACAAGGUUGGUGUCAUCGCGUCUCACUGCGACAAAGCACAAUGGCUUUAUCCCACUCCCACCGAACAACGUCUUCCAUCUCGCUUGAUCCAGGAGCGACAAAAGCGUCAAGCCGGUCAACCAUCACAUCGCACUCAGACGCAGUCUCAGGACCUAUCCGACUCCACCAAGCGCCUCAGACUCAGCAAUGGAUCACCAUCACUCAACCUUAAGCCUCCAACGGCGACAACGACAUCGACCCCCUCGACGACAGAAACGGCCGGUAACAAGUACCGACCCUUCCGUCUGGUCGAGGAAGAACUGAUCAAAAAUCUCUCCAACUUGCUUUCCAGCACCACACCAGACGUCGUCUCCAGCAGCACAUCGACCAUGAUCGCUGGAGCAUUGACAUUGGCACUAAGCCACAUCAACCGUGAGUCGAUCAGCUAUGCCGAAUCCCUUAUCGGCACAACCACAAACAUGGACACCGACGGCACCGACGGCAUCCCAUCAACAUCCGAAGCCACCAGCACGGUACUCCAAUCGCGGAUCCUACUGAUCUCCGCCUCACCCUCGACAGAUCUCGCACAUCAAUACAUCCCCAUUAUGAACGCCAUAUUCGCGUGUCAGCGCCUAUCGAUUCCAAUUGACAUCCUCCAACUUCCCCUCCCACUCCCAAACCCAAACCCCAACCCCAAACAACCAGCCUCAAACCCACCAUCGUCCUCAUCACCAUCGACCACACCCACAACCACGGGCUCCAACUCGACCGUCUUCCUCCAACAAGCCGCCGACGCCACCAAAGGCAUCUUCAUCCCCGUGCGCCUAAAAUCCCCAACCUCCUCGUCCUCCUCAUCCACCACAGCGACCACAUCCGCCUCACAAUCCCUACUGACCUACCUCCUGACCUCGUUCCUGCCCUCGCCGACAACGCGGGGCGCACACCUGAUCCUCCCCACACGCAUCGACGUCGACUUCCGCGCCGCGUGCUUCUGCCACCGCAACGUCGUCUCCACGGGCUUCGUCUGCAGCAUCUGUCUGAGCAUCUUCUGCUCGGUGCCCGAGAACGGCGACUGCUUGACCUGUGGCACGCACCUCACGUUGGGGAAUUAUGGUGCAAGACCGGCCGUUGUGGCAAGACGGAGGAAGGCAAGGGCAAGAUGA